AUGACUCCAUCCAAGUUACAUAAAUUGAGCUACUGGGAAGAAGUUUAUAAAAAUGAAUUGGAAAAUUACGAAGAGUCAAAUAUUGAAUUAGAAGAAUGGUUUGAGGAAAAUUGUGAUAAAAUAAUUAAUUGGAUUGACAAAAAUUUUAAAGAAAAAAAGAGUAUAUCAAUACUUGAUAUAGGCUGUGGAAAUGGAUUAUUCUUACAUAAAUUAUAUAAUAGAGGUUUUUUAAAUUUAUAUGGUUUUGAUUUUUCAAAUAGUGCUAUAGAGUUAGCCAAAAAAUGGUUUAAUAUUAAUAAUGCGAACAAUAUAUAUGUACAAGUGUUAGAUAUUUGUAAUAUUGAAAAGGAGUUAAAUAAAAAUUCGAAAUUAAUGAAUGACUAUAAAUUAUUAAAUGAUAAGGGAACAUUUGAUAUAUUUUUUAUGAAUAAUAAACAGAAUGAAUAUUUUAAACAAAUAUCAUUUUUCUUUCGAUGGCAUACACUUUUAUGUAUUACAUCAUGUAACGCAUGUAAGGAGGAAAUAUUAUAUAUUAUUAACAACUUCAACAAGAGCUGCUCAAAAUUUAAAUUAUCUUUAAUGGAUGAAAUAUUCUAUGAAUCCAUAACAUUUUCGGGAAGAAGCGGUCAGAUUAUUACUACAUUGAUUUUUAAAUGUUCCUAA